AUGCCUCGCCUACGGACGCGCGCAGCUCCAGCUCCUCUAACAGCCUCCAGUGCGACCCCUACCGCUUCCUCGACUCGCCCACGCCGCGGUACUGCCAACCAGUCGCCCGCUGCCGCCCUCAUACAGCGCUCCUCGCCCGAAGAGACGCGCCAGUCGAUACACCUCACCGUCAAGUCAUCGCCCAACAAGCUCAGACAGGCCACCGGCGGGGCUGUGCCAAAGGCAGGCGUCAGCAGGAAUAACAUAGUUGCCGGUAAACGCGCGUCACGGAGUAGUCGCGUAGUGCGGGAAAUCGACAGCGAAGACGAUGAGGACGAGGACGAGGACGACGCCGAGGAGGUCGAUGCUAUGGACGUGGAUGACGACUCGGACGAGAACGAGGUAGACGCUGAAGGGGAUGAGGAUGAAGACAUGGACGCCGAGGGUGACGAAGACGACGAUAUGGAGGACACGCCAGCACCACGAAUUGUCGUGAACGCGAGCAGAGGGAUCCCCGUCCAGCCAGCGCCAGCGAUAAAACUCACAAAAGCGCAAGACAAAGUCGAGGCCAAGGAGAUGGCUAUGGAUGAUGACGAUGAUGACGACCUCAGUGAUCCCGACUCUGACCUCGAGGAGGAAGAUGCAGAAGGCGAAGACGAGGAUGCCGAGGGCGAGGAAGACGACGACAUGGGUGUCACACCUAGUGGAGACGUCGACGAGGAAAUGGACAGCGAUGAAGACCUCAGCCGCGACCAGACACCCGACGUCAGCAAGAUGACGAAGCGUCAACGCGCUCUCAUCAACGAAGAAGAAGAUGGCGCACUCCUAGCACUAUCCAACGAGGCACAGAAGAAGAAGCACCUCACAGCAGAAGAACACGCCAUGCGAAGGGCAGAAAUGGCACGACGAAGGAAGAACCUCAGCGAAAAGAGGAACGAAGAGGAGAAGCUCGACACCAUCAACCGCCUCCUCAAGAAACAACCCCCCAAGCGCGGCCGCAAAUCCAUGAUCGAGCUCAACGAAGACGGCGAGGAGGUGGAACAGGAGCCCGAACGCGCGAAUCCGCUCUUUGUACGCUACAUCCAGAAUGCCAAAGGGACUCAGCUUGCUGUACCGGAUGAGUGGCUUCAGGCUCCCGUUGGCAGUGUGUUCGCUGGGGAGAUGCAGAAGGGAACCCAGAAGCCGUUUAGUGGGAGGAUGGUUGAGGAGGUUGCUUAA